GAUGCAGGGGGACUGAGGACAAUCCUGAAGGAUUAAGGAAUGAGGGAGAACUUUGAACUGUGAUAAAAAAAAAAUAAUAGAAUAAUAAUCAAACUGUGGUGGACAGUGUUACCAAAAUUAUUAGAAGAAAAAUGAAGCACUUUGAAAUGUGAUUUAGAGCUUCAAACUGUGGAAGGCAGAAGAAGAAUUAGAAGAAAGAGGAAGGUGUCGUGACGAUGACAAUGAUGAUGAAGGCUGUACACUGAAGGGUGUAAUGCUGCCCUGCACAGCUCGACGUUCUUGAUCUUCUGAUGUGGAGCAGUAGAGACUGUGAGGAACUUUGAAGAACUUUGAACUGCAGAUUAGAACUUUGAACUGUGGAUUAUAGAACAUUGAACUGUGAUUAAGAACUGAAGAAACUGUAGAGGGGAGCGUUACAGCCUGCUCAAAAUUAUUAUUAUUAUUAUUAUUAUAGUUAUUAUUAUGAGAAGAAGAACAUGAUAAGGACUUCAAACUGUGAUUAAGAACAUUUAAAUAUGGAGGGCAGAAUCACACCGCUCAGUCUACAAUGAUUGCCUUUAAAAACCAUGACUAAUUAACCAGACGAAGACAGAAGACGGCUGAGGCAAUGCUGUGUACGUUAUGGAGGUCAAUUGUUGGAAAACUCCGAAGAAGAAGAAGAAGAAGAAGAAGAAGAAGAUCUCAGGGACAGGAAAUUGAGCUGACAGGAGAUCAGCUGGAUUGGGAAAUUAUCUGCUGUCCAAUCUGUCUUGAGCUACUGAAGAAUUCAGUGACGAUUCCCUGUGGACACAGCUACUGUAUGAAAUGUAUUAAAGCCUUCUGGGACACAGAGGAUGACAGGAUGAUCUACAGCUGCCCUCUGUGCAGACAGACCUUCAGACGAAGGUCUAAACUGAUGAAAAGCAUCAUGUUAGCAGCUUUAGUAAAGAAGCUGAAGCCUGCACUCGAAGAUACUCUUGCUGAAGACUGCUAUGCUGGACCUGAAGAUGUGGCCUGUGAUGUCUGCAUGGAGAGGAAACUGAAAGCUCUCAAGACGUGUUUGAAUUGUGUGGCUUCUGUCUGCGAGAAACACCUCCAGCUCCAUUAUGAAUCCUCUCCAUAUAUGAAACACCAGCUGGUGGAGCCCUCCAAGAAGCUCCAGGAGAACAUCUGCUCGUAUCACAAUAAGGUGAUGAAGAUGUUCUGCCGCACAGAUCAGCUGUUUAUCUGUUAUCUCUGCUCUGUGGACGAACACAAAGGUCACAACAUCAUCUCAGCUGUGGCAGAAAUGAUGGAGAGGCAGAGAAAGCUUGAGCUGAAUCAACAAGAAAUCCAGCCGGAGCUCCAGGACAGAGAGGACGAUGUGAAGGUGCUCAAACAGAGGAGGUGGUGGAGGCGGACGUUCCCUCUGCUGAUAAAGCCGUGGAGGACAAAGAGAAGAUCUUCAACAAGCUGAACCAUUUCUAGACAAGAGAAGCUCUGAUGUGAAGCAGCAGAAGUGAGUCAUGUCACUGAGAUAAAGGCGACUUUACACCCACGACCAUGGAUCAUCAGCAGCCUCACUGUGUACUAUAUAUGGAAGAAAGAAAGAAAGAAAGAAAGAAAGAAAGAAUAAAUACAGAAAUUAAUGAAUGAAUAAAUAAAUAAAAGACUAAAUAAAGAAAGAAAAAUCAACCAUUAAGAAACACAUUGAUAUUUAUUUAAUUCAGUAUUUCUGUAUGUCAUUUAUUCUUUUAUUUCUUCAUUUAUUGAAUUAUGUAUUUAUUCAUUCUUUCUUGCUUUUAUUUCUUAUGAUGUCAUUUCCUCCAUAGUACAAUGCUCGAUUGUGUCUUCCUGUCACAACCAGAGACUUUUCUUUAUCAAAGAUAUUGUUUUUCCGACUUUGUAAAGAAGGAAAUUCACAUAAAACAUUUGACUAUUUGAAAAAAAAAAACGAUGAAAUCUGAUGCUUUAUUGUGUAAAACAAAGUCGUUGUGUGGUUGAAAACAGAUUUACUGAUUCGAUGUGAGGCCAAAGUGAAACUUUACACCAAAAUAGUG